CACAUACAAUGAUCAAGCUCCAUCUGUAGCACCUUUUGGCCAUGUUCUUUUUUUUCUCAAGAGUGGUUCAUUGCCCACACCUGUCCAUUGGGGGAAAAUUUUCUUGUGGUGGUGAUUUCAUGAUUCGCAUGACGUCGCAGCCAUCCCGCCGCAUAUCGUCAUCGGUUUCCCGGACAUUCCGCAACAUACUUUCCAUAACAAUAUCAACCCCCAUCGUCGCCAUCCCUACAUCUCUCUCCUCGGUUCACGACUCCGUCAAAUAAUCUCACUACAGCUUCCCAUAUCAUCGCGCUUCUUCAGCGAUCGAGAUUAUCUCACUUUCGCCGGGUAUACGAUACACCCCGACGCGCCUCCACGCGACUGCCCGAAACCCAUAGCAGCACAUACAGAGCCUAAGCUAUCGAAAUGGCUAUGAACGGGAUUCAGCUCGGCCUGCGGGUGUGGGAGUUCCUUUGGACCCUACUCAUCAUGGCCCUCGUCGGUAACAUGAUCGCCGAUUCUUUUAGCGGAAACCCUGCAACCGUCAACUAUACCAUGUUCGUUUCGGCAUUUUCGAUGUUUUCACUGUUCUACUUGGUGCCAGCAUCCUUCAACAUUGACUGGGCCAUCCACCCAAUCUUCAUGAUCAUCCUCGAUAUUCUCAAUGCAAUCUUCUUCCUCACUGCCGGUAUCGCCUUGGCCGCCAAGCUUGAGUGCCACAGCUGCAGCAAUGAUGAAUACACCCUCCACAAUGAGAUCACCAACGGCUCUGUGCACCGGGAGAAGCGUUGCCGUGAGGCGCAGGCAUCAACUGCUUUCCUCUGGCUCGGCUGGGCUGGAUACACAGUGUCCGUUGUGCUCUCAUUCUUGAUCUCUCGCCGGAAUGUUAACCUCCGGCCCCGCACGGGCCCUGCCCGUGGAGCCCGCCCCAGCAUGGCUCAGGUCUAAGGACGAUAUAUCUCAAGGAAGAGAGAUUAUCAUGGAAAAAGCUGUGAGAUGGUUGUUCUCAAGGAUUUGGUACAUAAACGCUGACUGAAUUGCUUCCGACAGGGUCUACAGUGCAAACUGUGUGGCAUCCCCAUGAUUCUCUAAUUCUACAAUAUGUGCGAAUGGACGCGAGUCCUAUACAUCACAUUCAAGUCAAUAACUGCACACGAUAUGUAUACGCUGUCAACGCUUUGGAAACGUCAUCGAAAAAGAGAGGAAUGGCCAUCUCUCCAAAAAUUACCAUGCUAGCAAAUUCAUACUAAUCACAUACAACGCUUAAUAAUAUUCUAGGGUUUGGUGGAGUUGUGGACCUAUAUUUUGGUUAUCUCGUCGAGCUGUGGGAGAGAAGCGGAGAGUGGGAUAUGGAGUAUAUUGGGUCUUGGAUAGGAUGUGGUGGUCGGAGGAUAAAGUUUGGAGUUUUAUAUUUUGUUCUGUUAUAUCUUCGAUAUCGUAAUGUUAAAUGAAGCUUGGCUUAAUGAUUCUAAA